AUGUCUUCCCAGGGCCAUUUGCCAUCAGUAACCACAAAGACUGUACCGGGCCCGGCCCCUAAUGGCAUGGGCAAUGGCUUGUUCGCCACCGCAGAUUUCAAGGUUGGCGAAGAUGUUGUGCAUGCUAAAACGCCCUUUGUGGCGGUUCUUGACUCCCCACGUUUGGAAGAUACUUGCUCCGGCUGUUUUGGAAAACGUCAAAUGGAAGGGAAUUCGGAUUUGAAAGCUUGUACUGGAUGUCGAGUUGUGAAAUAUUGCGACCGGACGUGCCAAUCAAAAGACUGGAAGUUCGCUCAUUCUUUAGAAUGUAAAAUCUUCCAGAACCUUAGGCCUCAGAUCUUGCCCAACAAUGCUCGUGCCAUUCUGCGUAUGGUUCUGCGCACUGGAAAGGGAAAAUACACUACACAAGAACUGGGUGUAUUCUCAAAUCUUGAAACACACAUUGCCGAUAUCCAGAAACACCAGGCCCAAAUGGACCGUAUCUCUCUCACUUCUCAGGCUGUCAAAAAUUAUUCAGAAAGUGACAUGACCGAGGAGGCUAUUUCUGCGUAUGCCGCAAGACUGGACCUCAACUCCUUCAACUUGACGACAGCUAUGUACGACCGUAUUGGUCUGUAUCUCCACCCAUAUGCAGCCCUCAUCAAUCACAGCUGCGACUACAACGCAACGGUCGGCUUUGAAGGAGAGGAACUCUAUGUUAAAGCAAUCAAACCUAUCAAAAAGGACGAACAGAUAUUUGUCUCUUAUAUCGACACAACUACUCCCCUCGAAGUCCGCCGGGGUGAGCUUUCCGAGCGCUACUUCUUCAAAUGCGACUGCACAAAAUGUCAAAGGGGCACAAAACACGACGCACCAGAAAACGAAUCCCUCUCUUCCUCACCUCUUUACCAAGAAGACAACCCACUAGCGUUCGUGGAAACCGCCGAGCGCGAUGCCCUGGAGCUUCUUCAAACUGCCACAAAGCCAGAGACUAGCCCCGAAGAAUCAAUCAAAACACUCAAAAAAGCCUUAACCUUCCUCUCUUCAACAUCUACCUGGCCCUUGACGAGACAACCGUACCCUCAGCUGAGAGACCAGCUCAUUCUCUCAUAUCUCUCAACAAACAAUUUCAGCGCUGCUUUCGUCCAGGCUGCGAUCCGGUAUCUGCGCACCGAUCCACAGCUGUUUAGUCCCGCGCAUCCAAUUCGACAACUUCAUGCGUGGAUUUUAGCCAAACUCGCUAUUUACCUUUCGCAGAGCUUUGAGACUAGUCCUGAGGAUGCGGUGAGAUUGAAGGAUUAUGAGUUGAACUUCCAUUUUGUUCUUUGGUAUGUGCUUGCGGAUUUGGCGAGUAGGCAGAUGGAGAGCUGUACCGUCCCGGCAUUUAAGAGGUUGGUCGGGUCGAACUUUAAACAAGUGAAUGAUGAGUUCCGGGCUCAGGGGAUUGACCUGGCAACUAACGAUCAGGCUAAAGCUAUGCUCAGUGGGGCGUGGGCGAAGCUUGAGAAGGUUGUUGAGGCGGCGUUGGAGAAGGAGAAUAUUGGCAACUAG